AUGUCCGCCUCUCUUCAACAGCGCCCGCGGGCCAACCUACAGCCCGGGGACAUCCUUGUGGCCAUCCAUGAUUUCGACGCCAGAAGUGCCGAUGAGUUGACGCUCCGAAAAACCGACCAGAUCGAGUUGGUUGAGUUGGAUGACGGCUUUGGUGAUGGCUGGUACCUAGGCAAGCAUCUUGGUACAAGGACGACAGGCCUAUUUCCUGGUGUCUAUACCGCUAAGCUUCCCCCCAACUUCGCGCCUGUGGGUGCUCCAGCCGUCAAAGGCCCUCAAAUCCUUGCGAAACCAUCAAUCGAGUCCACGAGCGAGCCACUCAAACAAGCAAACUCAACCACCGACACCUCCAGUCACCGUAGCCUCUCCUCGUCCCCAACGCCACAGUCUACUCUACCGCUACGAAGCUCUAUACCCGCUUCUCCCACCCAAUAUAUUCAUCGGAGCAUCAGUCAGGCACUAUCAGGCAGAGCAAGUGGAGAGGAUAGUCCAGUUAUGAAUGAAACAUUAAGCGUUAUAAAUGAACACAUUACGGACCUGAGCACGCCGCGUCAGAGUCUGUCGCCGCCACUGGCUGUGAUGGAGGAUUCGGAGAGCGAAUACAGCAGUCACCUCGACCGAGCCUCCUAUAUCGCCGGCCCUGAAACCGAUAGUGAGGACAAUGCGCGCCCAACGGAAACUGACGUCAAGCAAUGGGAUGCGAAAGAGACGGCUGAGUACCUGAGAAGCCUUGGUGUUGACCCAAAGCACUGUGAUAUAUUCGAAGAGCAGGAGAUAACUGGCGAUGUCUUGCUGGAGAUGGACCAGUCCUUUAUUCAUAUGAAGGAAUUCGACUUUGGCCUGAUGGGCCGGCGUUUGAAGACCUGGCACAAGAUCAGAGACUUUCAGAAUCAGGUCCGCAAUGGCACAGCGUCGCGAAAAAGCAGCCUAAAGCCGAAUGGGUCCAACGAGGAUGUCACACGAAUUCAAGCACGAGGCACCACCAUAUUACCACGAAUACCAAGUCUGCUGGAAGAACCGGGACUAUCUAUCCGCCAGUCACAGCACAAUCACUCGUAUGCCAUACCUAACUCACCGCCGUCUUCCGAACAACCCAUGUCUCCGUCUUCUUUUACCCGGUCCCAGCUUGGACGGAGCACACCCCCGUCUCCUUGGAGAGCUUCGAUGGCUACUGACUCUCCAUCACGGCGGUCGGCCUCUUCAAUACGAGAACUGAAUCAGUCUCGUCGCCAUUCCUCGAUAGAUUUCGCCAAAGCCGGAGUUCCGGAGACUGCCACGCAAGCUGCUGCCAGUCUAUCCCCUCCACACAAGAAGAAUGCAUCUUUCGAUAAAGAUUGGUCCAUGAGCAACGCAACCACUGCCAACACCGACGGUAGUACUCCUUCGCUCAGGCUUCAUAUCGGCAAUCCACCGAUAAGCGUUGAUUUGGACGCAGAUGUUGGGUUCAGCAGCGAGCUUUCUACCAUCGAUCUCGACCGGGGCUACUUCAGUGGGAAUGAGGUCGACAACAGGAAAGCGAAGAACCUCCUCAAGAAGCGAGGAGGUAUGGAAAGCGUAGGCCAUUCCCGCCAAUCGAGCGUACUUGAUGACUCGUCCAAGGAUGGUCUCGGCGUAAAACGACAUUCGCGACUCAGCAGCCUUGAUUCCUUCAGGGCCACCUCCUCGCUCUCCUCGGCCGCAAAAGCAUAUCACAGCAGAUCAUAUAAAGGUCGGUUCCGUUCUGCGAGUGCGAGGAAUCCGUCCACGCAGCGCUCUCCAAUCGCACAGUCACCCACGGUGACAAAUUUGGAGGAUGGUGGUCUCUCGGCUCUAUCGUCCCCCAAGCCUGUGAGUGGGUCGGCAUCUCCUGCUACUGGAACAGCGGCAGCUCCCUGGGCAUCAUCAACAAAGGCGCGAAGACUGUUGGGUAUCCGAGCAGCAUCCGAGGCUGUUACUGGAAAUGAAAAGGAAGCCGCCAGUUCUUCAAACAUUACGUCCGAGGCAUUGAGAGAGAGUCCUACCGCGUCACCUUCUGGCUCACAAACUCCAUCCGCGACAUCACGUAGCUUCGACAUGGACAACACAGACACUUCUUCAAAAGGCACAGCUGAACAACUGGGCCCCUUAUUGCAUACGAAGACCCCCCUGCGUACCAAUCCAAAGACCAAGCGACAAACGAGCGCCUACACGAGAGGUCUGCUACAAAUAUCCCCUGCGGAAGCACGGAAGCAUUGUGAUCAUUACGGUUGGAUGAAGAAAAGAUCCAGCGGCAUUGUAUCCCAGUGGAAACCCAGACUGUUCAUCCUACGAGGCCGGCGGCUGUCGUAUUACUACUCAGAGAAUGAUACAGAGGAAAAAGGGAUCAUCGAUAUUUCGGGACACAAGGUCCUUGUGACUACUGCUGAUCCCAUUACCUCACUUCAAGUUACCAUAACGGGAACAAAGCCCACACCUUCCAUCAGUGCCCCCGGGUCAUCGACAGAGACCUCGCCGAAUGUGACGAGAAACUCGAGCGGAAGCUCCCCCUUCUAUUUCAAGCUUGUCCCUCCCAAGGCGGGAGCUUCAAGAGCGGUACAAUUCACAAAGCCUACUAUUCAUGUUUUCCAGGUUGACAACAUUACUGCGGGACGGAAAUGGAUGGCUGAAAUUCUGAAGGCCACCAUCGAACAUGACUUAGCAAACUUUGAGACUACAAAUCGGCAAAAGACCAUCAGCUUGGCGAAAGCCCGGGCAAGAAAGGAACGGCCCCCAGCGCUGAAAGGCACAGAAGACAUAGUCGAGUUGGCGGAGAGACCGCCCCCGCAGGAAGAGAAGGAUGAGCAAGAAAGUGGCUUGAAUAUCCAAGGACUGGAUUUCAACGCGUCGGACAUGAAUCUCCAGAUAGGCACAGGCCUCACGAGUGGGACAACAGCACGUCCCGAGGAUGAUGCGGAACGGGAAAUAAAGACAUGA